AUGAAUGAGAUAGCUACCACAAAAUCUAGUUACUGGCAUUGUAACCACUGUUAUCGUAUUCUAAAACAUGGCGAAUUUCGUUUCAAUUGUAUUAUUUGUGAUAAUUAUGAUUUAUGCGAGGAAUGUUUUGUAACACUUGAUCCACCACAUCCUCAUCGAAUGAUGCAUGAACUAGCAUAUGGAAAGGAAGAAACUGUACAAGAAUGCCAAAAUGCAAGUAUGGCAAAUGGAAUUCAAACAGCUAUAACUAUGUAUCAUGAUCGUUAUUGUUUGGGUGUACGAGAUAUUGACAAAAUUAAUCCUGCACUAUAUGCAGAUACAUACACUUGGUUAACAUUUGAAACAGUGGGUAUUCGAUCCAAAAACUUUGGACAAGGAUUAAGAGAUAUAAUUGAACCACGUUGUUAUCUUGGUAUUUGUGCAGCAAAUCGACCUGAAUGGAACGUUUUUCAACGAAAAUGUUCAUUUAUGACAACUAUCAACAUUAUUCUUUUAGGUAUGGAAAAGAAUAGACUACGUGUUCACUACAUGGGUGAUAUUGAAACCAAUGGUUCCACUAAACAGUACAACUCUGUCAACAUUGAUCCUAAUGAAUGUCUGACAAUUGUAUAUACAAGUGGAAGUUCAGGAUUUCCUAAAGGUGCCAUGAUCUCUGAAAAUUCUUACCGAGCUACAUUUUUACAAUGGUGUCAUCCAUCUCCUUCCGACCAAAUUAAUUUCUGUUAUGAACCAUUAGCAUGGGUGAGUGAUCGUGACGCUGUUAUUAGGACAUUUUUUGUUGGAGGACGUACUGGAUUUUCUACGGGAGAUAUUUCUCACCUAAUGGAAGAUCUAGCUUUAGUUAGGCCGAACAAUUUUUCGACAACACCAGCCAUAUGGAACAAAGUAUACGCUGAAUUUAAGGCAGCUUUGUCACUAGCAAUAGCUCAUCUAUUACCGGAAGCAGUUGCAGCAGAAGAAGAUCGACUUCUGCAACAAUUUUCAAAACUCAUUCCAAUAAGAUGCAAAACAAUCACUGUUGGUGGUGCUAUGAUUAGUCCAGUGGUACUCAACUUUGUCAAACGAUGUUUUUCACGCUGUUGUAUUUAUGAAUCUUAUGGUAUAACAGAAUGUGGAAGAGUGACAUCCAACAAUAUUAUUAAAAAUACAUUACAGUUUCGUCUUAUAUCUGUUCCAGAAAUGGGUUAUACAAUAGAUGACGAAUUAUUUCCUCGAGGAGAACUUUUAAUAAAAACUGACGAGAUGUUUUCUGGAUAUAUUAAUAAUCCAGAAGAAACUCGAGCAGCUCUCACAGAAGAUGGAUUCUUUCGUACUGGUGAUAUUGUCGAAUUACGUGUUCGUCCAGAUGGUGAACUUUAUGUACAUCUUAUUGAUCGAAAAAAGAAUUUUUUCAAACUCUCACAAGGACAAUAUAUAUCACCAGAAUUUCUUCAAAGUAUUUAUAUACAAAGUCCUUUCGUCGAACAAAUCUAUAUUCAUGGUGAUCUUUUAGCAGAUUCUAUUGCUGCUGUGGUUGUACCAAAUCGAGAAUAUGCACAAGCAUUUGCACUUGAACAUAAUCUGAAAAAUUUUGAUAUGAUCAAUCCAGAUCCACAAUUUUAUGAUGCUAUUCUACAAGAUCUUCGUUUGAUAGCUGAAAAAGAGUCACUUCGAAAACAUGAAAUACCAUCACAAUUGAUCAUUGAUUUUGAACCGUUUACACCAGAAAAUGGUUUACUCACAUCUACAAUGAAACCUUGUCGUCACAAAUUAGGUGCAUAUUAUGGUGAUCGACUAAAACAAUCUAAUACUAUUAAACAACGAUUAAAAAUCAUCAUUGAAACAACAACAAAACAAUCGCUAUUGACUGAUGAAGAAGAUAACUUUUUUAUUCCUACUGGUGGAGAUUCAUUAACAGCCAUACGUUUAUCUCGUAGGAUUGAAAAUGAUCUAGGAAUAUCUGUACCAAUAAGUAUACUUUUACAACCUAAUAUGACUCUUCAACGAUUAGCAACUGUUAUCAGAGAUCCUUCGCAAAUGUCUUCACAUUCAAUCGUACAGCAAAUGUUGAAUGAUUCUGAAUUACUUUUGGAUAUAACGAUAGAUAAACGUAAAAAUGCAAUUGUAUCUCCUUCAGUAGUUUUCAUUACUGGAACUACAGGAUUUGUCGGUGCAUUUUUAUUGGCUGAAUUAUUAUUGGUUCAUUCUUCUGAAUGCAAAUUUAUCUGUCUUGUGCGCUGUGAAUCUUUGACUAAUCCUUUGGAUCGUAUUCGAAAAAAUAUGCUCUUUCAUCAAAUAUGGCGAGAAGAUUUUCAAGAACGAAUUAUUCCAUUACAAGGUGACUUAGAGAAAACUUAUUUUGGAUUAGAUAAUGAUAUAUAUGAGUCACUUGCUAAUCAAAUCGAUAUCAUUUUUCAUUGUGGUGCUGCUGUGAAUUUUAUACUGCCAUAUAGUAAGCUUUACGCUUCAAAUGUUUGUGGUACUAGAGAGAUCAUUCGUCUAGCAACUCAUACAACUACAUGUAUACCGGUUCACUAUAUUUCAACAUUGAGUGUUCUAUCAUCUGAUGUUAACAAAGAAAUAUCGAUCGAUGAAACCUCUCCAGAUAGUUUAGUCAGUGGUUAUGCACAAAGUAAAUGGGUAGCGGAAAAAUUAAUGGCUAAAGCCAAUCAUUUAGGUUUGCCAGUGGUCAUUUAUCGUCUUGGAUCGAUAUGUGCUAGUACGGAAACAGGUGCUUGCAAUCGAAAUGAUCUUCAUACAUAUUUAUUUGCUGCAAUGAUGAAGUUAAAUUCUUAUCCUGAGACAAUAGUUAAUGCUCAUUUACAUGGAUUACCAGUCGAUUUUACAGCGAAAAGUAUCGUCUAUUUGAGUAGCAUUCAACCUGAUGUAUAUGGAAAAAUCUAUCACAUUAUAAAUCCGAAUCACGCAGUGCAAUUUAGAGAUAUUAUUGAUUGUAUAUGUCACUGUGAUGUUCAAUUAGAAAGUGUUUCUCUUGAAGAAUGGCGAAUCAAAUUAAAGACAAUCAGUUAUGAAGACAGUCCAUUUGAGUCCGUUGGAUCUUUUGAAGAUGAAUUUAAUAAUUCUUUUUUAAAUUCAGUUAUUGAUAUUUCUUGUUUAGCAAUUAAAUGUUCAUAA